GUCUUCGUUCUUACCCCAAAAGUUUGGCCUAUAAAUUGCUUGCAUUACCACUUCAGUCAAGUGUAUACUUGGCAUUACAUAGUCUUCUCUUCACAACACUAACAUCAAAUAUGAAGUUCAAGACGUUUAUUUUGCUUGGUCUUUUACUUGCUUCGGUUCUGCUCAUUUCUUUUCCCGGAAAAGUUGAUGGAGAGGUCGUAGAAGACAAAAAGGAGGAGAUUCACCAAGGAGGUAGGGGAGGCCAAGGCGGUCGGGGAGGAGGCCAAGGCGGUCGGGGAGGAGGCCAAGGUGGUGGUAGAGGUGGUGGAGGAAAAGAUGAAGUACCUGCUUUUGACAUCAAUCAAGGCGGAGGUAGAGGCGGAGGUGGCGGAGGUAGAGGAGGCGGGUCUGGCGGAGGUAGAGGAGGUGGUGGUGGCGGAGAAGAAGCCAUAGACAUUAAUCAAGGUGGAGGUAGAGGCGGUGGUGGUGGAGGUAGAGGAGGUGGGUCUGGUGGAGGUAGAGGAGGAGGUGGUGGCGGAGAAGAAGCCAUAGACAUUAAUCAAGGCGGAGGUAGAGGCGGUGGUGGAGGUAGAGGAGGUGGCUCUGGUGGAGGUAGAGGCGGCGGUGGUGGUGGAGGCGAAGAAUAUGACAUCAACCAAGGAGGUGGAAGGGGUGGUGGCUCAGGUGGAAGGGGUGGUGGCUCAGGUGGAAGAGGAGGAGGCUCAGGUGGAAGAGGAGGCGGUGGAGGAGGAGGUGAAGAAUUUGAUAUCAAUCAAGGAGGAGGUAGAGGAGGAGGCCAAGGAGGAAGAGGUGGUGGCGGAGGACAAGGUGGUGGUCAAGGAGGAGGAAGAAGUGGUGGUGGUGGACAAGGAGGUAGCCAAGGUGGAGGAAAAGGAGGUGGCAAAGGUGGCGGUUCUGGAGGUGGUGGAAGAGGAGGUGGUGGAGGUGGAGAAGAAUCCUUAGACCUAAACCAAGGAGGAGGUAGAGGUGGUGGAGGAGGUGGUAGAGGAGGCGGCUCUGGAGGAGGUGGUAGAGGUGGUGGUUCUAGAGGUGGUGGAAGAGGAGGUGGUGGAGGAGGAGAAGAAGCCUUAGACCUAAACCAAGGAGGAGGUAGAGGUGGUGGAGGAGGUGGCUCCGGAGGAGGUGGUAGAGGUGGCGGUUCUGGAGGUGGUGGAAGAGGUGGAGGUGGUGGCGGAGGAUUGAACUAGAAAGGGAACAUCCAUAUCAUACGUGGUGGAGAAGUCUUACUAGGCUUGAAGCCACUUUGGCCCCCCACCAUGGGCUCAAGUAAUAGUUGUAUAAAUAUGUUAGUAGUAAGAAUAAGAUCAGUUGGUCUAUUACUAGUAUAGCAAGUCUCCGAUCGAGUUUUGUGGAGUGAUCUGCAAGAUAUUGUCAAUGAACUGGACAAUCUGAGUUCUUCCAUGAACUUCUAUUGUAAUCCUAAUGUAACGUGACCCUAAAUAUAUGGACAAAUUAUGUCGUUUUUCUUAUCUU